AUGGCUGUACCAAUCUCGACCGUCGCAGAGAGCAAGGAGCUCCGGGGACUCAACCUCAUCGCCGCUCAUUCGCAUAUCAGAGGACUCGGUGUCGAUGUCGACUCUUUACAACCCCGGACAUCAUCCCAAGGCCUUGUGGGCCAGGAAAAGGCCCGGAAAGCUGCGGCGGUGAUCUUGCAGAUGACAGCAAUCGCGAUGGGAAUGGCACAAUCGCUUGGUCCGGAUGUACCGUUCACGAUGCUCGCCGCGUCUGAAAUCUUCUCCAUGGAGAUGUCUAAGACCGAGGCCUUGACUCAGGCUUUCCGAAAGUCUAUCGGUGUGCGCAUUAAAGAAGAGAGUGAGAUUAUUGAGGGUGAAGUUGUCGAGAUCCAGAUUGAUCGCAGCGUCACUGGCGGCAAUAAACAAGGAAAGCUCACAAUCAAGACCACCGAUAUGGAAACAAUUUACGAUAUGGGAACCAAGAUGAUCGACUCGAUGACCAAGGAGCGUGUGAUGGCAGGAGAUGUUAUUUCGAUCGACAAGUCCUCCGGCAAGAUCACCAAGCUCGGCCGAUCCUACGCGCGCUCUCGCGACUACGAUGCCAUGGGCGCCGAUACUAAGUUCGUCCAAUGCCCCGAAGGCGAACUCCAGGUCCGCAAGGAGAUUGUCCACACCGUCAGCCUCCACGAAAUCGAUGUCAUCAACUCGCGCUCACAAGGCUUCCUUGCCCUUUUCUCCGGCGACACAGGCGAGAUUCGCAGUGAGGUUCGGGAUCAGAUCAACACCAAGGUCGCCGAGUGGAAGGAAGAGGGCAAAGCAGAGAUCAUCCCUGGUGUCCUGUUCAUUGACGAGGUUCACAUGCUUGACAUUGAAUGCUUCUCCUACAUCAACCGUGCCCUCGAGGCCGAGCUAGCUCCUAUUGUCAUUAUGGCCAGCAACCGUGGCCAGGCUCGCAUCCGCGGAACCACAUAUACUUCUCCUCAUGGUCUUCCUCUUGAUUUCCUUGACCGUGUUGUCAUUGUCAGCACAGCGCUGUACUCCGGCGAUGAGAUUCGUCAAAUCCUCGCCAUCCGAGCCCAGGAAGAAGAGAUCGAUCUCUCACCCGAUGCUCUGGCCCUUCUCACUAAGAUUGGUCAGGAGUCAAACCUGCGCUACGCCAGCAACAUCAUUACUACCUCUCAUCUCCUGACCCAAAAACGCAAGGCCAAGGAAGUGAGUGUUGAUGAUGUCCAGCGCAGUUACCGACUGUUCUACGAUCCCGCUCGAAGCGUGAACUUCAUCAACCAAUAUGAACAACGCUUUAUCGGUGACCAAGGCACCGUCAGCUUCACUGUUGGCGCCAAUGGCGAUGCGAUGGAGCUCUCUUAA